CAAACGCCCAAGUCAUGGCUGCUGCUGGGCUAGUUCGUGUUCUCCUUUCGGCCAAGCUUCCCUUAUCUGCCAUUUCUCCGGCCACGAUCGGACGGACUUGCUUCUCCGGCGCCGCCUCCUUCUAUUCUCACUUACCUCCACCUUUUCUCCUCAGUGCAUCGAAGAGAAGAAGAGCCUGAGUCCGGCCUGCCAAUGCUCUACCAGAAUAUCUUUACCCGCUCUUCCCACUCGCAAGUAAUUUGGUAAGGUUUCUAUUGCUUUUUUCACCUCAUCGUCGUACUUCUUCGGAUUUCAAUUCGUGCGUCAUUCUAGAGUAUUCGUUUGUUAUUGUCCUUAAUUUCUUCAAACCGGUGAAAUUUCUGAAACUUUUUUUGCUCCAUUUGGGGAGGGAGAAUUUUGAUGGGAGAUUAAGAAAGUAAAUUGACGAACCGGAUUCCCAAUUUGAGACCUUGGAGAUUGCAAUUGAACACAAAAGGCGCUUUCUUUUGACCUGCAGCAGACAUUGAGCUUUGCUGAAACCUCUCGUGAGAGUUUGGAUCAAGCAGUUGAUCAAGUAGUGAAGAGUGUGGGAAGCGAAGGAAAAGGGGGGUUUUGAUCAUGUUGGUGGGUGGUGAUGGCUCUCGUAUUUCGCACCACUUACGAGAGUGUAACCACCGGCACCAGUACUAUAGGGAUCCUCAACAAGCACUUGCAGUUGGGUUGGGGUUUUGCAGCUCCAGGAUUGGUCAGCUCUCUUCCCUGAUAUUCAAACCUGAAUCCACCGCUGUAGUUGGAGGCCGUCAGUACCAUCGUGCAAUGCAGCCUCGAACCUUGUGUUUCUCGAGCCUCCGGUCGAAGUCUCCUGGUGAAACCCCCAUUCUAUCUGAUUGUUUCAGAUGGGUUGGGAUUCAGAAAAAGGCUGAUGACUUUUAUUUGUGCAAAGCGAUAGAGAAGAUGAUUGCAAGAACCUUUCUGAAGGAUUGUCCUCAAUUACAGCCCCUUGCUGUAAGGUGUCUUAUUGAAAUUUCAUGCUAUGGAAGCUUGAACGGCUUAGAGUCUUUUCCUGACCCAGGAGGAAUAGUAGCACUUGGAAAGUUUGAUGCUCUUCACAUUGGUCAUAGAGAACUUGCAAUUCAAGCAUCCAAGGUUGGAGUUCCAUAUCUACUAUCCUUUGUGGGGAUGGCUGAAGUACUUGGUUGGGAGCCUAGGCCACCUAUAGUUGCAAAGUGUGAUCGGCAUAGAGUCCUUUCGUCCUGGGCUCCUCACUGUGGAAACAUAGUCCCAGCAGAGUUCCAAGUCGAGUUCUCAAAUGUCCGGCAUCUCACACCCCGCCAGUUUGUUGAGAAGUUAUGCAAGGAACUCGAGGUUGCUGGAGUGGUUGCAGGGGAGAACUAUCGUUUCGGAUACAAAGCUGCUGGUGACACAUCCGAACUUCUUCGACUGUGCAACGAACAUGGAAUCCAGGCAUACAUCAUAAAUUCAGUCAUGGACAAGCAUCCACAAGAUCCCUCAAAACUUCAUAAAACUGACUCGAAAGAUAAAGGGCAAGUCUCUUCCACUCGGGUCCGCCAUGCUUUAGCUGCUGGUGAUAUGGAUUACGUGGCUGAACUUUUAGGCCGCCGACAUCGCCUAAUAGUAUCUCUUGAAGAACAGAAUUGGUGUGCAAGUGAUUCCAGCAGAUGGAAGGUCUCUGCCCAAAAAUCUAGGCUGUUGAAUCUCCCUCCCAAAGAUGGGGCUUACGUGAAGUGCUAUCUUUUCCUCGGUGAUAAGCAUGAUGAUCUAGGGGUGCCUUGUAGAGUAACGAUUGACUCCACUAGUGUCCAUUUAGAGGUAGACGAGGAUGCAGUAGGGUUUAGUGAUUGCGGUAGUAGCCAUCGAGACUUAAAGCUUGUGGGCAUUGAGUUUGGCGAUUAAGAAAAUUGGUUCCGACUCAAAUUUAUUGGCUGUAAUAUGACUUGAGAUACAAGUAAUGUCUAAUUUAUUGUUGUAUUAUGUUAAAGGGUUGCAAUUGCUGUAGCCUUGUCAGCCGUCCGAACUCCGAACAACUCAUUGGAGUUGCUCUUUAGAAACAAUUGAACAGUAAGCAUAGAGAUCAAAUUGCAUAUUAUACUACAGAUGCAUUGCAGCCGUCAAAAGGCAGUUAACUCUGAACCAUGUUCUACAAUUCAUAUUCAAUCAUCUAUAUAUCGAAGUAAAAAGUAACCACUGCAAAUUUCAACUGUACUACAUUUUACGCAACUCACAAACAUAUGGUUAAGCUCUGCGAUAGUAAAAUACAUACUCCCGUUUUUGAGUAAGCUCUAAUUUCAGGUCUCCACGAAGUGCUGCACAUGAACAAAAAAAAAAUACGCAUAGGAUCUUCACUUCACAAAGGGAACCCCAGAAGGAGUCCGUCCAGCAUAAUCUAGAUAAUCCGACCCGAAAAACCUCCUCAAGUAGUACUCCUCGUAUGGUAUCCGCUUGGAGAAGAAACGCCAUACAACAGCAGCAAAUCCAACUGUCGAGACUGGAUUGCACAGCAUGACCUGAGUGCCAACAGACCAGAUCAAGAAAGCCGAAUAACUAGGGUGACGAACGAAGGCAUACACUCCAUGAGUAACCAGCUUGUGCUGCUCCUCGUGACGGGUUCUGAUGAGAUGAGUAAAUGCUCCUCCAGCAGUUAUAAUGGCGAGCUUCCUUAUUAUCUCCCCGAUCACAACCAUGACAAGACCCAAAUUGCUGAUCCACCAAUGUUCUUUCAGUUCAGGGAACAGCCAUAUCUCGAAUGCGUACUCCAAUACCGAGAAAACCAUGGCGACGAGAUAGCCUCUGCUGAUGAGAAGCGAGCUCAGCGAAACCUUUGAUCUCCCGUGCGUGUAAACUGCUAGAAUGUAUUCUGAUGUGUGGAAGAAGAGAAUAGCCAGAAACAUCUGAGACAGCUGCCUGCUGGCUGUGUGAGUGAAAAGCUCUGCCAUUUUGCUGAGAACAAUGCAGAAAACCUCUGUGCCUGAUGAACUUAAGGUAAUCCACACGAGCUUUGUGCUGUUAGUCGAUGAGUUUAGGUCCAGACCAGGAACAAAAGAAUAAGCACACACCAUCAGAGUGCUCGAACCUCAGGUUUUGAUCAUCACCCAAAAGGAUUAAAGGCGCUUAACUGCAGAAGAG